AUGGUUAAGACCAAUGGCCUAGCCAAAUUUGGUUCCAACUCUGCAAGUCUAUCUCCUCUCCUACGCCUCCCCGCCGAGCUCCGCAACAUGGUCUACAUCUACACUCUUGGCGGCAACACAUGGUCGAUCAACAUGGGCCGCGGUAGGACCAAGCCGCGCGCCGACAACGCCGCCAAGAACGCGUUGGCUCUCCUUCAGGUCAAUCGUCAAAUCUACGCCGAAGCCCACCUCUUCCCUUACCUCUACAACACCUUCGAAGGCCGCCACAACGGCCACUUGCGCGAGUGGGUCCAGUCCUUGCCAAGUACACACCGCAAGUCCAUCACGUCCAUCAAGCGCUACCAGCGCAGCUACCUCAUCGAAGGCGCACAGGGUGUGGAUGUUAGCCCGAUUUUCUGGAUGGAUACCCCCACAAUGGGUCAAUGGAAGCUGAAGGGACUGAAGCGGAUCGAGGUUGAGGUUGCGCUGCAGAAAUGGGGUUGGAACAGCAAUGAGGAAGAGACGAAGGCUGCAAAGGUGAAGGCGUUGGCCAAAUUACGCAAGUUGUUGGAGGAGGAGCAUCCGGGCGUCAUUGUGAAUGUUGUUCUGAGGCGUGGGUAUUGAAGGAAGUAGCAUAUGCGGCGGCGCUUUGGCACGCUUUAGACUAUGGUUCUGUAUUUCCGGUCUAGAUAGCGAGGGGAAUGGUUGUCAGUGCUUGAGAAACCAAGGACCUCGUAUUUGUCUUGAAGUUAGCUGUUUCUAGCUACGAGUUUGUGGAGAAAGAUAGUUACGAGAUCUGUCACCAUGAUUUAUGAUACUUAGAUACAUAGCGAUGAAAUGCUAACUGUAUUAUCGAGAAGCAUGUCUCCUGUGUCAGGCAGGAGAACG